UGUAAUUCAUCCCGUUUCAACAGGUUGAACCCCAAACACUUUUUAAGAUCUCCGUACAUCCAUAACGGAACUUCAACGUCUUUUUUGCAACCGAUUCUCUUCUUUUUGAACUAAAACCUGAAAAAUCACUUAAAAAAAAAAAGCACACACACGAGAAAUAAAAUAACUUUACAAAAAAAAUUCUUUAAAAAAAAAGGAGAAUCGGACCGCCGGUGUGAUACGUCGCUCCGGCGAAAGACAGGUAGUCAUAUUCGAUACUCAUCUCAAAUCCGGAUAAUAUAAGAGAUACUCCAUUCCAGAACUUGAUGAAGUGGAUCGAGAUAUUAAAAGAUGCAUGUGAGAUAAUGAAACAUCGAUAUUGCUGUAGGAUGUGGUUGGUACCUAUGAAGGUGUGAUAGGCAGUGAUCCUAGCACUCUGAUUUCCAAUCUCUUUUAGUCUAUGCAGUUUAAUGGUGGGGUAUGCUCUUAAACUUGAAGGAAUAAGUGGAAAGUGGUGAGUAAAAUCGGAUAAAAUGAACGUCACUGCUGGUUUUAUAUCAGAUGAACGCCGGGAGAUUGUCCAAUCUGCUUCAGGGAGUGAAGAUCCAAUGCAAAUCCCCAUUUCUUCAAAAUCUCCAAGGUCAACACAGGUCCAUGGCAAAGGAAGUCCCGUUAACCAUGAUAGGCAGUCACGUUCCCCAAUAGAUGGUCGUCCUAAGAAAGGUGGUUGUGGUGGUAAAGGAACUUGGGGAGGGUUACUCGAUUCUGAUUCCAGUUAUGCUCUUGACCCAAAUGACCCAAACUACGAUAGCAGUGAGGAAUAUGGACAUCCAAAUGCAAGAAAAUCUGCACCUGAUUUUGAUGCGUUUAAAAAGAAGGCGACAAUAAUAGUGGAGGAAUACUUUGCUACUGAUGAUGUUGACUCAGCUACCAAUGAAUUAAAAGAACUUGCAAUGCCCAGUUACAACUAUUACUUUGUAAAAAAGCUGGUCUCUAUGGCUAUGGAUAGGCAUGACCAUGAAAAAGAAAUGGCUGCUGUUCUAUUAUCUGCACUCUAUGCUGAUGUAAUUGAUGCCCCGCAGGUUUACAGAGGCUUUAGUAAACUGGUGGAAUCUGCAGAUGAUCUGAUUGUAGAUAUACCGGAUACAGUUGAUAUCCUUGCAUUGUUUAUAGCUCGAGCUGUGGUUGAUGACAUACUCCCUCCUGCAUUCCUUAAAAAACAAAUAGCACUCUUACCUAAUGAUUCAAAGGGGGUGGAAGUCUUGGAAAGAGCUGAGAAAGGGUAUCUAGCAGCUCCUAUGCAUGCAGAAAUUAUUGAGCGUCGCUGGAGGGUUAGCAAGAAAACAGUUGAGGAUGUAAAGGCAAGGAUAAACAACUUGUUGAUAGAAUAUGUAACGAGUGGUGACAAGAAAGAGGCUUAUAGAUGCAUCAAGGAUUUGAAAGUUCCUUUCUUCCACCAUGAAAUAGUUAAACGAGCACUUGUUAUGGCAAUGGAAAGGCGACAAGCUGAAGAUAGACUACUGGAUCUACUCAAGGAAGCAGCUGAAGAAGGUCUGAUAAACUCAAGUCAAAUUACAAAGGGAUUUGAUAGGUUGAUUGACACAAUUGAGGAUUUGUCCCUUGACAUACCAAAUGCACAGAGGAUACUGAAGUCUUUGAUUUCUAAGGCUACAUCUGAUGGAUGGUUGUGUGCUUCAUCUUUAAGGUCUUUUUCAUUGGAGCCCAGAAAAAAUUUAUUGGAAGACAAUUUUACUAGAACUUUCAAGUUGAAGUCUCAAUCAAUUGUUCAAGAAUAUUUUUUGACCGGUGAUAUCUCUGAGGUUUUUAGCUGUAUAGAAGCAGAGAAUAAAACUUCCUCAGGUGAACUGAAUGCUAUCUUUGUUAAAAGGUUGAUAACUUUAGCAAUGGAUCGGAAGAACAGGGAGAAAGAAAUGGCUUCUGUUUUGCUAUCAUCAUUAUGUUUUCCUGCAGAUGAUGUAGUAAAUGGGUUUGUGAUGUUGAUAGAAUCUGCCGAUGACACUGCUCUAGAUAAUCCAGUUGUUGUUGAGGAUCUUGCUAUGUUUUUGGCUAGAGCAGUGGUAGAUGAAGUUUUAGCCCCACAGCACCUAGAAGAGGUUGGUAGCCAAUUUCUGGGGACGGACUCUAUUGGGGGCAAAGUGCUUCAAAUGGCAAAGUCAUUGCUAAAGGCUCGACUUUCAGGAGAGCGCAUCUUGAGGUGUUGGGGUGGUGGUGGUAGCAGUAGGCCGGGAUGGGCCGUUGAAGAUGUGAAACACAAAAUAGGAAAGCUGUUAGAGGAAUAUGAAUCCGGAGGAGACAUUAGGGAAGCUUAUCGAUGCAUAAAGGAGUUAGGCAUGCCAUUCUUCCACCACGAGGUUGUAAAGAAAGCAAUGGUGAUGGUUAUGGAGAAAAAGAACGAAAGACUUUGGGGUUUGCUUGCACAUUGUUUUGGCUCAGGGCUGAUAACCAUGAACCAGAUGACAAAGGGUUUCUCGAGGGUAGAAGAAUCACUUGAUGACUUGGCUCUUGAUGUGCCUGAUGCCCGAAAACAGUUUCUAGCAUAUGUCGAAAAAGCAAAGACUACCGGUUGGUUGGAUUCAUCGUUUCAUUAUGGCAAUUCCAUAAACGGUAAAGAUAAUGGGGCCUGCCAAUAAUAACGAGUUUACAGGGAAGUUGAGUUCCUUCUAGCUGUGCCCUGGUUUUGCAGAAAAUAAGUUAAGAAUUGACUUAAAUUUAAACAUUUGCCUGACACACACUGCAUUAUUGUUGAAGUCAGCAUGUUUUGCUUUUUUUCUUUUUUUCUUUUUUUGCCAUUACAGCUUCUGUAGUUAUGUUCCUGGUACUUCAGUUUCUGCUCAACUCCAAGACCCAACAUGCCAAAUUCCACCAAAUGAAUGUUGGAGAUUGUUAUCACAUUCGGAAUCCCAUUUUUGUUGCAUUGCAUUGAAAGAGCUGACCUUCGGGAAUCUGCUCAUUUUCAGUGCAAAAAUAACUCUAGAACUUGGACUUACUACUCUGGAACAGUUUCUUUAUUUUUGUUUUUGGUUGUCCUAUAAUUUGUUAAUCUUAUUUAUUUAGGUAGCUCAAUUUUUAUGUUAUUUCAUUUUGUUUAGCAAGAUCUGACUUGAUUUGUACGGCAAACUAUAAUUUUAUUAUUUGAUUUGUUUUGCAA